AGCGCCCUCUAUUUGUGUAAGUUGAAUAAGCUAAAUAUGCUCUACUCGCCCAAAUCUAUAGUGUCAAAUGAUUUUGAAGUGUUGAAUAGGUGUCUUUUCAGAGCUAUUUGAUUUCUUGUGAAUUAUUACUCGUCGUCUUGUUCGCUAAUAAAAAAGAAAAUGUUGCGUGUCGCUUCUGGACAAGUAGCCAACGUGCUGCGUGGUGCAAUGGGCCUCUCUGGUCGUAUUGCCACAGUCGGCUCAGUACGUGCUUCUCACGGUGAAGAAAAUGAAGAAGUUUUCAACAAACGUUACCAGGAGUUCUUCAAUCGCAACGAUAUUGAUGGUUGGGAAGUUCGCAAAGGCAUGAAUGAUUUGCUGGGUAUGGAUUUAGUACCAGAACCAUCAAUAAUUGAAGCUGGUCUGCGUGCUUGCCGUCGUGUUAACGACAUCGCCUUGGCCAUUAGGUGGUUGGAAGGUUGCAAAGACAAAUGUGGUGACCAGAAGAGCACCAUCUACCCAUACCUCAUCCAGAACAUUCGCCCCACCUUAGAUGAAUUGGGCAUUCCAACUCCAGAAGAAUUAAAUUAUGAUAAACCAGAGUUGGCAUUGCAAUCAGUUUACGAUCUGUAAAUUCGUCCCAUUCAUUUAGUUAGAAUCAUGCUUAAGGUAAUCUACGUUUAAGCAAAAUAAAAAGAAUGUUUAAGAUAGAAUGUGCUGCAAUGAUUUACAUUAAUGAGUAAUAAUUUCAUUCGAUCAAUAAAAGUGCUGAAUCAGAAAUUAACCGACAGUGCGAAAAAGUGAAAAA